AGGCAUAUUCCCGUUUCCUCCAUCUAUCUACCCCCAAAUCAGUUUCCCCACACACCCUCCACGACGGUACCAUGAUGGAUCCCGGAUCCACCCCCACCCCCACCCCCACAACCACCACCACCGCCGCCACUCCCACCACAGACGCUGCACCGUCGUCCGGCGCCCUACAUUCAACCGACACACCCGCAGCCGCCGUCCAACGUUGGGCCUUUGUUAUCUCACAACGCUUCCAACACCUGCUGGACAAGUCAACUCCGUUCUUGCUCUACCGUUGGAUCGUCUUCUGCGUGAUCGCGAUCAUCUACACUGCGCGCGUGCUCUACUUGCAAGGGUUUUAUGUGGUGUCGUACGCGCUUGGGAUUUAUAUUCUUAAUCUCCUCAUAGGGUUUCUGUCUCCUCAGGUUGAUCCCGAGUUUCAAGACCUUUCUGAUGGCCCGGUUCUUCCUAAUCGGAGCUCCGAUGAGUUUCGCCCCUUUGUUCGUCGCCUUCCCGAGUUUAAGUUUUGGUAUUCUAUAACGAAAGCCUUUUGCAUUGCUUUCGUGUUGACAUUCUUCGGUGCAUUUGACGUGCCUGUUUUUUGGCCUAUACUCCUUUUUUACUGGAUCAUAUUAUUCACUCUCACCAUGAAGAAACAAAUACUGCAUAUGGUCAAAUACAAAUAUGUCCCAUUUUCCUUUGGAAAACAGAGGUAUGAUGGAAAGAGGGCAAAUCCAGCUGAGACUUCGAGUCUUGUUCCUAGAGACUGAAAGAUUGAAAGUUUUUCGUAAGUUUUAUUUCCUGUACUACCCUCGACUCACAUUAUAGAUUUAAUGGUUUGCUGACCUGCUCGUUCUAGAAGAUAAUUUCGUACAGGUUUUAAUUAGCCGUAAAAUUUUAGACGAAGGAAGCUUUGGUUUUUAUAUAAAGGGCUAUUCAAAUUCAGUAUCGUAUCU